UUCCUCGUCACCCGUCAAUCGUCAUCUCAUCUCUCCUCCGCAGUCCCCCAUCCGUCCACCGGAACGCCGACCACCACAAAAUUGCACUCCAGGAGCCCAAAUUUAUUAGGGCAUCCCCGAUCGAACGCUAGGGUUUCUAAAGUCUCCCAUUUCUUCCUCGCGAGGGAGUGAAAGAGAGAGAUGGACGACAUCCAGGACGACGCGAGGUAUCUCCCCAAUCAUCCCUACCUUUCGGCCCACUGCCGCCCCUUCUCCUCUUCCUCCUCCUCCUCCUCCUCCCUCCAUCGAUCCAAGAUUGCCGCUGCCCGGAAAUCCUCCUUCCCUCCGCCGAUCGACCGUCGCUACGCCGAUGAGGACGACGAAGACGAGCAGAACGACAUGGAUGAAGCCAUGGACGAACACGAUGAUGAUGAGGACGAGUACGACGGUGGCGGUAGACAUCGCCAGAUCCGGGACGAGGAGGAGGAGGAGGAUUCGGCGGAAAGCCGCGGGAAGCGGAGGAAGGUGGGGAAAUUCUCCCUAGGUUUCGAAUUCGCCCCCCGCGUACCUCGUCCCGCGGUCGUGACGCCGGAGGGCAAGUUUCCCGCGAAAAGCUCCCCCACCGAUUGGUCUGAAGACUCGACCUUCGUGCUCCUUGACACCUGGGGCGAUCGCUAUGUCAAGAACGGCCGAAAGAGCCUCCGAUCCGACGAGUGGAGCGAGGUCGCCAAGAAGGUCUCUCAGUCCUCCAGUGCCACACUAUCCGACGCCCAGUGCCGGAACCGGCUCGAUACCCUGAAGAAGAAGUACAAGAAAGAGAAGGUGAGGAUGGCGAAGCACGCGAGUUCUAGCAGCAAGUGGGUUUAUUUCAAGAAAAUGGAUGAAUUGAUGUCGUCACCAUCGCCGCCGCCGGCGGGGGUGCGUCAGCAGCAAGCGCCGCGGCUGCCGUGCGGGGUUGAUGCAGGGGCGUACGUCUUUGCGAGCUCCAGUGUGUAUCUGAACCGCUCGAAUGGUAAUGAUGAGAUGAGGGACAGCCCCGGAGACACUGGAUCGGAGGAGGAUGGGAACGAGGAGGAGGAUGAUGAGUCCGAUGGGCUUCCGCCGCCGACGAGGGAGAAGGUUUCGAUGGGGAGCACGGAUUCUUCGUUCAGAAUGCUGGCUGAUUCCAUUCAAAAGUUUGGGGAUAUAUAUGCGAAGAUGGAGAGCAAAAAGCGGCAGCAAAUGGCGGAGCUGGAGAGGAUGAGGAAGGACUUCCAGAGGGAUUUGGAGAUGCAUAAGAGGAAGAUUUUGGAGAGGGCACAGGCAGAGAUUGCAAAUAUAAGGGCGGAAGAGGGGGUGGAGGAAGAGGAGGAGGAGGAGGGGAGUGAAGAUGAUGGGGACGGGGAUGAUGAGAUUGAUGUUUCUGCGGAGAACUUGAGUGGGUGAGGCCUGAGGGUGGAUUCCUGUGCUCGGGGCUUCCAACUUCCAAAUUUGUUCAAAUUCUGAACUUGCUCAGAGGGAUAGGUUUGUAGGCUGCAAGACUAAUCACGGAGAUCCAUCCUUCAACUUCCAAAGGAAAAAUUUUGCCAGACCAGUUCUUUUUUAUUAUCAUAUUGAUGGCCUUAAACGACGACUGAAGAUCUGUAUUAUUACAGCCAGCUAAUAUUUGCUUAGGAUUAUUUUGUUUUCCUAUUUUUAUUGACAAAUUUUGCUGCAAGCAUGGUGGCAUGUGGCAUGCGUGGAAUGUUUCCAAAAAAUGAUAGGCUUUGAUACAUUAAAUUUUCUUCAUUUGC